AGACUUCCAGUAAUGAUUAGUGUCACUUUUACCUCCCCAUGCCGUCACAGUGUGUGUCAACACGCUUUCUUCUGACACUUAACGGCAUCAAGACCAAACCAAGGAGUAUAUUCAGCGAAACACAAGAGGUUUGCAAUGGUGCAAUGUCUGUUGUUCACACUGCUCUGGGUCUGUGCUGUGGCACUGUAUUCCCUUGGGAGUACAGAGAUAGUAUCUCAAACGACUGAGCCAAGUGUCUCUAGGAGCACAGACCCGACGGCUGAGACAGUUACUUUAGGACAAGUUGAGACCCAAAGCCCUGAUACGCACACAGACCAGAGCAUAGAAGAAGAACAAGAACCACUUCCCUCAGACCCCUGUCAGGAUGUUGAGUUGGAUAAGAAGGUGUACCAGAGGGAUUCUCAUGGUGUUAUGCAGCUGGUUCAGGGAGAGGACUACAAAAACACUUGCAACCUAUCAGACAGUGAACAGGCCCACUGUCUUAUCUACCCUACCAAUCUACUCAACUGCUCCUGGAAUUUCCAUGGUCUCCCUAACGACAGCCAAUCCUACGCCUCCGUCUUUGUGUGUAAGAAAAAUGAGAGAAUCUCCAGUGUGGACUGUGUCACUGAGGCCACAGGAGGCCAAGGAGCCCAGGGAGGGACUGGAAAGGCUGACCGUGUGGUUAGAAAUGUGUCUGCUGGGUGCCAAGGCAGUGUGGACAACAGCGCCACCUCGGUGAUCCUGACUUUCAACGUGUCAUGCUCUGACGUGUGGGGCAUCUACACCCAUAUAUACCAGACCAAAGAUAUUGACGUGCUGCGCCCGCCCCCCAACAUCAACCUAGCCUGGGUCAGAGAGGGGGUUCUGCUGGUGCAGUGGGGUCUCCCAUCCAGCCGGUCACGCAACAAAUCCAGCUGCUUCCACUACCAGCUACAGAUCAAUGACCAGGUGAGGAACUUUACGGGUUUACUGACAUACAAUGAGACCAACGCAGACCCCACACAUUCACACGAUGUGAAGAUGAGGGUGAGGAAGAGUAAAACCUGCAGAGGAUCUCAACACUGGAGCAGCUGGAGCGACACCACCAAGGUGGCCCCGUUUAAAUUUCCCAAUCAGCUGAACUCUCUGGUGGUCGUUGGCAUCGCUCUGGGAAUACCCAUGAUCCUCCUGUCUCUGCUGCUGCUGAUUCGACUCCAGAGGGAACGUCUGUUUCCCCACAUCCCUGGUCCCCCACUGAAGAUUAAACACCUCUUGGAGAGAGACGACCAGUUUCAGUUUGUCCCUCAGGCCCUGCAGCCCAAAUUUGUUGAGGAGAUCACAGUGGUGGAGGAAGCUAAGGAAACACCUGUGAAUUUGGCCAGUUAAACAAGAUGGCCUGUUUAAAGCCCAAUCAUCCUAAUCCCCUAGACUGUGUAAGGGCCGAUCUGUAAGGAGGAUCCCCUUAGCAGAUGCAGUCAUUACCAUUUGUUAAUACCUAUCCAAUCCUUUCAAGAGUGGAUGCUACUUAUGGACAUGCAUUGUUCUUACAUGCUUAUUAGUGUCUACUCAAUUAAUUGUUGUAAUGUGCUCAGCUUCUACCAGUGUUGUAGUUCUCAAGACCGAGACCAGUCCAGUCUUGAGACCACAUAUUGAUCUUGUCUUGGUGUCAGCUACAUUCGUACUUGGUCGUGACUCAGUCUCAGACAGUGAGGACUCGUAAUUUCUUCCCUAGACCAGUGGAGUAAAAACACUCAAACAUAUACACUCCCUUCUUGAAACAUUAUCUUAACAACCUUUAUCUAUUAUAGACAUGUUUACGCAGUGGUGAACCUAUAGGUCUUCAGUGUGUGACAGGUUAGUACAGUGGUGAAGCUAUAGGUCUUCAGUGUGUGACAGGUUAGUACAGUGGUGAACCUAUA